GUCACCCGACUCAUCCACCAAACAAAUCCAAUACAGACUGUAUGGCGAACCAAGUCGCGGACCACCUCGAGCCAUGGCGCGACCUCCACGGCAAGGUCGUCAUGGUCACCGGCGCUUCGUCUGGCCUCGGCCGCGAGUUCUGCUUGGACUUGGCUAAAGCUGGAUGCAGGAUCGUCGCCGCGGCUCGCCGCAUCGACCGCCUUCAAUCCGUCUGUGAUGAAAUCAACCAGCUAACCAUUACCGCAUCUUCUUCAUCUUCUUCUGUGAAUGGGCCUGGAAGCUCCAGGGCCGUGGCUGUGGAGCUCGAUAUCAGCGCCGACGGGCCAGCUAUUGAGAAGUCUGUAAACAAGGCUUGGGACGCGUUUGGGCGCAUCGACGCCCUCGUUAACAAUGCCGGUGUUAGAGGUAAUGUGAGUUCUGUGCUCGAAUUGUCUGAGGAGGAAUGGAAUAAUGUAUUCAAGACAAAUUUGACAGGGUCCUGGUUGGUGUCAAAAUAUGUUUCUAUACGCAUGCGCGACGCUGAUCAGGGAGGAUCAAUCAUCAAUGUAUCUUCCAUUGCAGGUCUUCAUCGUGGAUAUUUGCCUGGAGCUGUAGCAUACAAUUGUUCAAAGGCUGGUGUAAACACCUUGGCAAAGGUUAUGGCUAUGGAAUUGGGAGUACACAAAAUCAGAGUGAAUGCAAUAUCGCCGGGACUUUUCAGAUCUGAAAUCACAGAGGGUCUUAUGAAAAAAGACUGGCUACACAAUGUGGCUAUGAAAACUGUCCCCUUAAGAACAUAUGGCACUUCGGAUCCAGCAUUGACAUCACUAGUUCGUUAUUUAGCAAGCAUUCCAUAA